AUGUUCUCCGGACGCAAAUUCUCCAUCAAUCGCCAUACCGGCGCCCCGAAGCCGCUGCUGCGACGCUUCAGCAACGCCGAGCCGUCAACGAAUGAGUUCCAGUCCAAGGUCCACAGACAGUUCCGCAAUGCGCACGAAGGCCACAUGCCCCACGCCGGCCUCGAUGCCAGCCGAUCGUCCACUGGUGUCAUCUGGUGUACUGAGCGAGCCAACGAGUAUGGCUUCAUGGAUGAGCCUGAUGCGUGGGCCAAUCUUGGCCAAGGCGCCCCUGAAGUCGAGGACGAAAUUGCCGGUUGCUUCAAGCGACCCGAGACGAUCAACAUCAGCGUUGCGGCUAGAGAGUACGGCCCUACAGCUGGUAUCAAGCCCCUGAGAGAAGCCGUUGCCAAGCUCUACAAUGAGACGCACCGUCAGGACAAAGACAGCAAAUACACCUGGGAGAAUGUCGCCAUCGUGCCCGGUGGCCGUGCUGGUCUCAUCCGAAUUGCCGCUGUUCUGGGCAGCUCAUACCUGUCUUUCUUCUUGCCCGACUACACUGCUUACAACGAGAUGCUGAGUUUGUUCAAGAACUUUGCAGCUAUCCCCGUUCCCCUCUCCGAAGAAGACGGUUACCACAUCCACCCCGACAAGAUUGCUGAAGAAAUUGCCCGUGGUACCUCCGUUAUCCUUACCUCAAACCCUCGCAACCCCACUGGCCGAGUCGUUGCCAACCCCGAGCUGGCUGAGAUCCAGGACCUUUGCCGAGGCCGCGCCACCUUUAUCAGCGACGAGUUCUACUCUGGAUACAACUACACCAGCAACUGCGAUGGUUCCACCAUCUCGGCCGCUGAGAACGUUGAGGAUGUCGAUGAAGACGAUGUGUUGAUCAUUGACGGUCUCACCAAGCGCUUCCGACUGCCUGGAUGGCGAAUUGCAUGGAUCAUUGGACCCAAGGAGUACAUUAGCGCUAUUGGCUCAUGUGGUAGCUACUUGGAUGGUGGUGCCGUGCAUGCUCUCCAAGAGGCUGCUGUCCCCAUGCUUGACCCUACCUUGGUUCAGAGUGAGAUGAUUCAUCUCCAGCGCCACUUCCGGGACAAGCGUGACUUCACCGUCCGACGUCUACGUGAGAUGGGCUUCUCCAUCAAAUACGUUCCCGACUCCACCUUUUACCUGUGGCUGAACCUCGAGGGCCUUCCUGAGGCUAUUGCUGACGGCCUCAACUUCUUCCAGGCCUGCUUGGAGGAGAAGGUUAUUGUUGUCCCGGGUAUCUUCUUCGAUCUCAACCCCUCGCGAAGACGUGAUCUGUUCGACAGCCCGUGCCACCACUUCGUGCGUCUGUCAUACGGUCCCAAGAUGGACGUCCUUAAGAUGGGUUUGGAUGGUAUCGAGCGCGUUGUCAACAAGCACAAGCGAUCCGCCUAA